UUUUACGCGCAAACAGACACCUAGAAUCUUCAGUUCAAUUUCAAUCGCUCGAGUUGCUCCUCGAUCCGGUCUUUCCAAUUCGAAAUUUCUACUCGACUAUACCUACUGCACAUAAUAUGGCAUCCUCCUCAAAAGCAGCGAGUUCCUCCUCCCACACCCUCAACCUCCCUCUCGAAUCCAACCCCCCCCAACACAAAGUCGGCAUCUUUUCCGCCCUCGCCAUCCUCGGCAGAGUCUUCAGCUACAUCAUCCCCAUCUUCAUGGUCACAGUCAGCGCAGACGUCAUCCCCAUCCCCGACGCCUUCAAGCAAUGGCUCCGCGAACCCCUGGGCCUCACCCUCUGCAUCUUGAUUCUUUUCUUCACCUCCAUGUACCAGAUGAUCGUGGACCUCACCAAACCCAAGACCAUCCGAGAGCACUUGGACUUCCCCGAGCGCUCCGAUGCCGGAACCGUGACUUCAAAAAGAAAGCAAAAAAAGAGGUCUCGAAAAAAAAAUCGCCGCGCCUCAUCUGGUGUUCGAUCUGACGAGAAAUUCAAUCAAGGAGUGGACGCAAGUGAAGAUGGACACAAAAUUGGUAAAUUUUUUGUCUCCAAUAGAGAGAUUGAUAUGGGAAGCAAUGGCAUCCUACUCGAGGGAACUUAUGACGGUCGUCGGGUUGCUGUGAAACGCCUUGUCAAGGCCUGUCACGAUGUUGCUUUCAAAGAACACCUGAAUCUUAGUGUAUCGGACGGCCAUCCAAAUAUUGUUCGACUGUAUGGAAUAGAAUCAGACCGAGAUUUCUGGUAUCUAGCACUGGAGCGUUGCACUUGCAGCUUAAAUGAUUUAAUUCAAAGGUCAACAGUUAGUGAAGACCAAGCUACGGAAGUUAAAGUCCGUUUGAAGGGCACUUUUCCAGAAGUUAAGUUGUGGACAGACAAGGGCUAUCCUUCAACCAUAUUGGUCAAAUUGAUGAGGGAUGUGGUUUCUGGGCUUGUGCAUUUGCAUAAAUUGGGGAUGGUUCAUCGAGACUUGAAGCCUCAAAAUGUGCUGAUAUUGAAAGAAGGAUCUUUAUGUGCAAAGCUUUCUGAUUUGGGUAUCAGCAAGCGUCUUGUGGGGGAUAAGUCUUCCUUAAGCGAUCAUGCUACUGGUUGUGGAAGUUCAGGAUGGCAAGCUCCUGAACAGCUUCUCAAUGAGCGCCAAAAGCGUGCUGUUGAUAUGUUUAGCUUAGGCUGUGUCCUCUGUUACUGUAUGACCGCUGGUGGACAUCCGUUUGGUGACCGUCUUGAGCGCGACAACAACAUUGUGAAGGGCAAAGUUGACCUCUUCUUAGUGGAGCAUAUUCCAGAAGCUGUCGAUUUGUUAUCCCGUUUAUUGGAUACGGAUGCGGAAUUAAGGCCGAAGGCAUCGGAGGUGCUUAAUCAUCCUUUGUUUUGGGAUUCUGAUACGAGAUUAUGGUUUCUCCAUGAUGUGAGCGAUAGGUUAAGACUGGAAGAAAGGAAAGCCAACUCUGAUAUUUUAAAAGCAUUAGAGAGCGUAUCUUCCCUGGCUUUUGGCUCAAAAUGGAACAGAAAGAUGGAAAGUGCAUUCCUUAACCACAUCAAAAAAUACAGGCGGUAUAAGUAUGACAGUGUUCGUGACUUGGUGCGAGUCGUGCGGAACCAGCUGAAUCAUUACUUAGAACUUCCUCUUGAAAUUCAGAAAAUUCUUGGACCAGUAAAUGAAGGAUUUGAUGGCUAUUUUCGGAGUCGGUAUCCGAACUUGUUGAUGGAAGUGUAUAAAGUCAUGCAUCAGUACUGUAGAGAGGAGAAAGGGUUUAACAAGUAUUUCAAAGGCAGUGUAGUUUGAGUUUAUGCUCCAAUAGAAUACACGAGGUUGCAGGAUGCAUGAUAUUUCUUCCUUCUGAUCACUGAUGGAUGUGUGAUCGUAAUCGAUCAUCACUUCUUACUUGUGCCCAAAUGUAAAUAUGCGGCUGUAAUUGGAUUAUAGUAAUUGAAGUUGUUGUGUCUAACAGAAUACACGAGGUUGGAGAAUACACGAGGUUUGAAUUUUGAAAAA